CACUUAUUUUAUAGCUUGAUCCCUUCUCAUAUUUCCUCCACACAUCAUACUCAAUAUGUAUUCCCCUGGCAACCUGCCCAACCACAUAGGUGCCGACUACCCUUGGGUAGUGUCCCCGCUCAUAGUAUCGGCACCCAUGGCCAAAGUCGCGAUGCCCAAACUCGCCGUAGCUGUUUCCAAAGCCGGAGGCUUAGGGUUCAUUGCAGCAGGAUAUCAUAGCGACCAUCUCGAGGAUCUGCUGGAGGAAGCUGAGGACCUACUCCAGGAAGGAGAAACAGAUGCUCCAGUAGGGACUGAGACUAAAAGUCCAAAGUUCCUACCUGUCGGCGUGGGGUUCAUAACGUGGAGCGCGUCAUUGGAAACAGCCCUUCCAUCUUUCUCCAGAUACUGUCCUGCUGCUGUCUGGCUGUUUGCUCCACCAACAGGCUUCCAGGACCUUAUUCCCUGGGCCACCAAAAUCAGAGAAGCCACCGCAUUUGGGACCAAUAUCUGGGUCCAAAUCGGAUCCGUGAAAGAUGCGGUUGAGGUAGUUGAAGCCAUCGAUCCGGAUGUUAUUGUAGUCCAGGGACUGGAUGCUGGUGGGCAUUCGCUAGCCAAAGCAGCCAGUAUUGUCUCCCUUGUUCCAGAAAUUAACGAUAAACUUCGAGAUCUUCGUCCCUAUCCACGUAAACGAGCUCACAUUCUAGCUGCUGGUGGAAUCAGUGACUAUCGAGGGGUCGCCGCAUCUAUAGCUCUUGGAGCACAAGGAUGUGUUCUUGGAACACGUUUCCUUGUCAGUCCCGAAUCUAUGAUCGCUCGGGGUUAUCAAAAGGCAAUACUUGAUUCCUCGGAUGGAGGCAUUAGUACAGUUCGGACAAAGAUUUACGACAAAGUUCGUGACAUUCAGGGCUGGCCAGAGGGCUACGAUGGCCGCGGUCUGAUAAAUAAGACCUUUACUGACCAUCUAUGUGGCCUCAGUGAAGUCAAAAAUCGCGAGCUCUAUCGUGAGGAGCUGAAUCAGGGCGACAAGGGAUACGGACCCAAUGGAAGACUUACAACAUAUGCUGGCACCGGGGUUGGGCUGAUCAGAGAAGUAAUCCCUGCAGGGGAUAUUGUCAGGUCUUUGCGUGAAGCUGGUUUGUCACAAACAUCACCCCAGAUCAGUACGACAUUGUCAGGAAAAAAUCUGAUUGAGGCGAUGCGAGAAUUUUUGGUAGAGAACUUCACAUCAGACGUGCAAGACUCCUGGACUGCAGCCUGUGGCCAACUCGCCGGGCUCAUGAUUCAGAAAAAGAACUCGCUUUAUGGCCAAUAUGAGGAAUGA